UCCUUUGAAUAAAUAACCCAGCUAGCUAGCAAGUAGGCAGUAGCCACAAUACACAAAACUCAAUAUGCGGUCAGCUCGCCAACUCCACCACGCGGUCUCGGCCUUGCUCCUCCUACUGCUGCUCUCAUCCGUCGUCCCGGCGGACAGAGCACAACAAGAAAUCGACGAUGAGUCGGAGUUCAGCUACAUCCGCGGGGCCAAGAACGGGCCGGAGAACUGGGGCACGUUCAAGGAGGAGUGGGCGACGUGCGGCACCGGGCAGAUGCAGUCGCCCAUCGACCUCUCCGACCGCCGCGCCUCGCCGUCCCCCGACCUCGGCUACCUCAACCACUCCUAUGUCCCCGCCGACGCCUCCAUCGUCAACCGCGGGCACGACAUCGCGGUGAUGUUCCACGGCGACGCCGGGAGCCUGUCGAUCGACGGCACCGCGUACCACCUCAGGCAGGUCCACUGGCACGCCCCCAGCGAGCACCGGGUAAACGGCCGCCGGUACAGCCUCGAGCUCCACAUGGUUCACCUCAGCGCCCAGAACAAGACUGCCGUGAUCGGCCUCCUCUACAAGAUCGGCAGGCGCGACCAUUUCCUGCACAAGCUGGAGCCUUACCUGAUGAGGAUGGCAGACAUGAAGGAGAAGGAGGAGAAGGUUGGCUUGGUCGAUCCCGGAGAGGCGAGGGGCGAUGGCGAAGCCUACUACCGGUACAUGGGCUCCCUCACCACACCACCGUGCGACGAGGGGGUCAUCUGGACUGUCAUCAAGAGGGUUGCCACCGUGUCGACUGACCAGCUAAAGCUUCUUACCGACGCUGUCCAUGACGGCUUUGAGAUGAACGCGAGACCCCUUCAGAAGGUGAAUGACAGAGAUAUCAGAUUUUUCUGCCCUGAUGAUGACCACGAACGCUAUGACGCUGCUGCUGAUCAUUAAUUAGCUCUAUUCUUCAGCCAGCCUGACGGAUUGACAGGAUGCGUGUUAAUUUGUUGGCAACGGCGAAGAAGAGCGGUGAUACAGAACAUUCCAAACGACCGUGACUCUGCAACAAUAGAGGAUGUUUGUUGGCCUUGACACGAUUCUUAUUGUUCCUUAAUAAAGUCGAAGUCACAGACGUGUCAUUGUUGUUAUUUUCAAAACUUUGGAUAAUAAGAGUCAAAUCUACUAGUAUGCUAUCUUAUUUGUGUCUACUUUCUAUCUAUUGCAAUAAAAAGCUAGUCGAUCACGGUAUUGCCA